UGUUUAUCUGCAGCUUCCGUGUUGUUCCUGUGUGAGUCUGCGGCUGUUCCUCUGUUGUUGUGCUGAGGAGUUCACCGACAUGUCAGCAGAUAUUCAGAGCAUGUGGACGGAGCCAGCCCUCACACGGAGUCCCUUUGGAUUCGGCGGUCAAGGAAACUUCAGCUCUUUGUGCCCUAAUGGCUCCCAGUGGGUUUGGAAUGGUCUCGGGGAAUGUGCCCAGGAUGCCAGGGACAUGGCCAGCAUCUACCUAGGCCUCCUGUCCAUCCUCUGCUUCAUGGUGUCUUCUCUUCCACAGUACUACAGCUCGUGCAAAACCGGGAAUAUGGACAGCGCCCUUUCCAUUUGGUUCCUGUUGCUGUGGUUGGGAGGGGACACGUGUAAUCUGGUGGGCUCCUUCCUGGCAGACCAGCUUCCACUUCAGACAUACACAGCCGUUUAUUAUGUGUUUGCUGACAUACUGAUGCUCGCCAUGUACUUUUACUACAAGUUAAACAACAGAACGGAUGAAAGAAGGAGGGUUUUGAACGUGGUGGGUGUGGCCUGCGCCCUGGGCGUCACAGCAAACCUCGUCCACCUCCCGGGGCUGGCUGCCCGACAGGAAGUCGUCUCCUCGGGGUUCACAAGUCGCACCUUGCUCUCGACCUCUACCCUGAGCAGUGUCAAGGUUUUUACCCCCAAAGAGAUCAUUGGUUUCUCCAUUGGCUCAGUGUCAUCGGUGCUCUACCUGUGUUCCAGACUUCCUCAGAUGUACACUAAUUUCAAGAGGAAGUCGACAGAGGGAGUGUCCUUCUUCCUGUUUGCGCUGGUCAUCCUGGGAAACACCACAUACGGCCUAAGUGUCUUACUUAAGAACCCAGACGACGGCGAUGGCGAGACAAGCUACAUGAUCCAUCAUCUGCCCUGGCUCAUUGGCAGCCUCGGCACCCUCUCUCUAGACGUCCUUAUCUCCUUCCAGUUCAUCAUCUACCGGAAGGGUCCAGGGCCGCUGGACGGCGGCUCAGACGAGACGUCGCCUCUGAUCAGGAGCUGAGUGGACAAAACGAACCGGAGGGACACGAGCACUCGCUUUCCGAGAACCCUCCAAAUCACAUUUAGAGCACAAAAUCAAGAUGAGAACCAAACUGUACAUUUUAUUUUAAUUUCAUUGUUUUUAUUUAUUUAUGCUCUUUUAUUGCCAAGUUUACAACGUGUUUUUAUCAGCUAAGUAAAGCCACAGAUUCUUCACUUGGGUUCAGCUGCAGCGAUGUGACUCGUGCUGCUUCUAUAGUUUCUAACAAAUGUAGAUAUAUGGACAUGGCAAUAUGUGUUACCUCAUUCAGCGUUAGAUAGAUUUAAAUGAACAUCUUUAUGUUUGCUGCUUCAAUAUUAGUUUUAAAAGGGACGAUUGAGGCGUCGGAUGUUGAUAUAAACUCCUGUCAGCCUCCUCUCCUCUUGAUUUUAGGUCAACAUCAGUUGGAUAGAAGACAUGCUGUCAGAAGCCUGCUGUUGAGAGCGAACAGUCCACACAGAGGUUUUUUAAUACAGAGUAUUUUAUUUUUUAAGUUGCCAAAAACUCAGAUCCUUAUGAAAUACACAUUUGUAUGAAGCUGUGACUGAUUUUAUUUACAGGUUUUAGCUGGUGUUUUUUGGGGGCUCUCCGACAAAUGCACGAAAUAUCACGUCAUAUUUGGGAAAAGACGAAUUAUUUUGUAACUUCGUAAACAGUCGUGUGUAAAUACAUAUACCAGCCUUGUCCAAAAGUAUUUUUGAGAAAUUGUUUUUUGUGCAUUUUAUUGCUAUUUUUAAUUGUAAUCAUACAAUCUCAUUUUAUUUCAUUUUUUUAAUCUUUUAUUGUUUGUUUUUAAAAUACAAACAACAUUUUCAUCUUCAAAAGUUUUGCCCAUUUUCAUGGUUUAUUUUGUACUUUGAGAAAUGUUAAAUGUGCGGUGGGUCAGUGUACUGUAAGCUUUAAAACAAACAAAUA